GAAAUAAUAGAACUUGACGGGCUUUCCUUGAAAAUUCUUGAAAAGUUGGGGGAUGAAAGUUGGAAUUGAAAGAGUAUGUUCACUCUAUCUGAAGCGCGUGACUUUCAUUCUUAAAAACCAAGCAAAAUAUCACAAUCGUUCGAUCAAAACCCUCAGCAUGGACUCAACGCACGUUCUCUGAUGCGUAGCUGAAGAAAUAUCACCGGAAAGUUCACAGGAAAUAAGUGGCGGCGGUGCGUGGCUCUUGUUGAAUACCAAAAGCGAGCGGAGAUAAGAUGCCGGAACAUCCUGCUGCAGAUUCAUCAGCCACCGACAACACCGUCACCGUCAAGCGUUAUGCCCCUCCCAAUCAGCGGAAUCGUUCACUCGGCAGGCGAAAAUCUGGAGGAGAUCGACUUGAAAGAGCUAGCAGCUAUGCUAGUGAUGGAGAGAAGAACCAAAUGAGCGCAGCUAAGUCUGUAUCUGAUGCUGGAGUCAAUCGAGUGAAUGAUUAUCCUCCAACAAAGUUAAUACCGCUACAAGGAUGUUGUACAAGCGAAGCUUUUCAGCUACUGAAUGACCGCUGGGCAGCUGCUCUGAAUGCUCAUAAUAAUUUAUCAGAAGAUUCUCGUGAAAGGCCUGUAAUGUACACAAAAAGAUCACCUUGGGGGCAUCCUUUGCUUCCACAUCAAUUGAUGUCACAAGCAGGAGCUGAAUCUUCUACUGGCCAGAAGGAUUUUCUAAGCAAACUUCAGAUGGCUAUGCUCAAUACACAUGUCAAUUUCGAUGCCUAAAUGCUACCCAUCAAGUGGUCAAAAACUAAGGAGUUUCAGAAUUAUUUGCAAUGCAAUGUUAGAUACCUGUUAUCAGCCAUCAUCAAUCCUGAAUAACUACUGCGUAUUUAACCUGUUGAAAAAACUCUACUUGUGCAUCAUUUAAAAAUUGUAAUUCUGUACCUUCCCACAAUUUUUCUGUUUUUAUAUUUUUUACACUUUCAAAAAAAAAAAAAGUUAUGGUGGUGUUGGGGCUA